AUCUUUACCUUUUACCUAUCUUUACCUUUUACCUAUCUUUUCCUUUAUUGAAAAACCUAUCCUCCUUACCAAAUAAGCGCUGCUAUUGGUAUUGAAAUAUCAUUACCUUAACACCUUCAACCUAAUAUACCCUCUCAUCAACACCCCGCUCGCCAUACAUAUAUUUCCCGUUCUUUAUAUUUAAAGGUUAAGGCAAAAUACCAUACCUAAAUAUAUUACCUAGCAUCAUAUAUCUUAACAUUAAAUCCUGAUCUAUAGCAUAAAAUGCCUCAGCAAAAGAAGUCGCAGCCAGACUAUGGCAAGCUUAAGCCAAAAGCUAAUGAAGGCUACGUCGGGCAGGCACCUGUUCACCAAACACCAAGCGAUAACGUAGCAGCGCGUGAUCGGCGCAGCCAACCUCGGGCGCUUGAUGAGCCUAUCCCAUCUAUUGAAGUAGACCUGCCUCUUCCUCACAUUCAGCAUCGACGAAGCCGAGGGCUAAAUCAGCCUCUUCCCUCUAUUGAAUCUGUGAUAGAAUCCGGCCACAGACGAUCUGAUCGACAGCUAGGUAGUGAAGCUAUCCACUUUUCAUCCCCUGUCCUGCCUUUACCAUCCCUGCCAUCUCCACCAAAACCCGCGCUUCCAUCGCAUACGCGCAAUGUAAGUGGAGUUUACCAGCCAGCUGGUACCAGCUUGGCGUUUCCCGUCAAUAUUACCACCCAAAUAGUCGACUGGCCUCAUGCAAUGGUUGCUAAACGACCUACCUACAUGCCGCGUAACGAAUUGGGCCGAGGCAAAAUGGAAGAGCACUUCCCUCAAUCUCGCCUUCCAAUCGUCGGAGGUAUAUCACUAGAAGACUGGUAUGACGCGUUAAUCUCGGCUUAUAAUAUGAUUGGAAGAAUUGACCGAUGCGAAUAUCAAUCCGAAUACGAGCUCCGUCCACUUUUACAGCGAAUUGCGCAAAGCAACGGAAGGCUGUUAUUUUGGACACCUGCUGAAGCUAUGCUACAUCAUAACUCUAUUACCGCAAUCGCUGCUAAAAACCGGGACCAAAUUCGCAAUGCUAGUCUAAUAGUACACCUUAUCCGAUUCCCUGACGGCCAAGGUCAUUUUGGCGUUUUGAUAUUCGAUAUCCAAAGCCAAUCUUGGCUUUUUGCCGAUUCGUGGAAGCAUGGCCGGAUUGCCCGAUUUAACCUAAUAGCAAAGCGAUUGCAAGAAUGGCUUAUUAAAAGCGGCUUGCUCUCAGAGGACAGUCCUGAGGAUUUCACACGCAACCGCGGUAAGAUUGCUGCUAUUACAACGCAAAAGAAUUCGUGGACUUGCGGCUUAAUAGCUAUUGAUUUCGUACGGGUAUUUAUGAGAGGAGGUUUAACUGAUUGGGCUGCGGCAUAUGACGGGGUAACACCCGAGCAGUCCAUGAUACAGCAAUGGCUAGGGUGGCUUCACCGAGAAUUGGGGCAUAGGCCUGAUACAGUAGUACGGGAACCGCGCGUUCCUGACCUUAACUUUCGCCAGUAUAUGCGAGAGUAUUGGCAGAUACGGACCCCGCCUCCAUCGCAAAACCCCGCUGGUAGGUCACAACACAGCCCUAUGAAUCUAUCAUCUAGCUCGUCAUCUACCGGGAGUGAGAGCAGUGUAACAGUCGCUGGAAGCCCGAGCCAGCCGAGCCAGCCGAGAAGAUAUCAGGAAAAUUCGCGAAGCUAUCCAAUUGAUCUAACAAGCCCAUCCCCGCAAUCUCGAAGUCCUCCAUCUAGAAGUCCUGUAGGAUCAUCCCAACACCGGCCUAUUAAUCUAAUCAGCCCAUCCCCCCCAUCUAGGAGUCCUUUAUCUAGCAGUCCUUUAGGUAGCUCUCAAGAUCGACCUAUUAUCCUUUCAAGCCCUCCGGCAUCGCCUUAAGGCAGCCAUAAUGGCAAAUUUAAUAAAGUUAAAGCAAUGCGUUGUAUUUAUUACCGUAGCAUACAUAACCUAAACCUGCAAUAUAAAUCGAAAACGAUUGCCAAAUAUUUUAAAAUGGUUUAAUAAAAAAUAUAUCUUUUAUGCUUUUCUCGUAACUUUACAAAAAGACUAUUGUUAAUCAAAAUGACAAUAAAGGCCUCGAAAUAUUUAUGAAAGUUUUCGAAAAAAAAUAUCCACUCGUUUUAAAAAUCCAACCAAUAAAACGCCUCGUUUCGCGCACAGGUCACACCUGAUGCCAUUAUUGUAACAAGGCUAUUAUA